AUGGGUGGCAGUGGUGAUGAGUGGCGGCAGUGGUGGUUGGUGAUGGGUGGUGGCGGUGGUGGUGUGUCGGCGGUGGGUGGUGGCGUAGGUGGCGGGGGCGCGUGGUGGUGGGUGACGGCAGUGGUGGGAAUGGUGGGUGGUAGCGGUGGGGGUGUGUUGGUGGUGGGUGGUGGUGGUGGUGGCGUAGGCAGCGGUGGCGGGUGGGGGCACGGGCGGAGGGUGGUGGUGGCGGGUGGCCGACGGUGUCGGCGUUGGUCGGUGGCAGAGGGUGACAGCAACGGUGGGUGGCGGUGGGUAGCGGUGGUCGGUGGUGGUGCCGGGUAUUGGCCAAGGUCAGCUGUGGCGCCGGUGGUCAGUGGUGGACGGUAA